AUGAAGGAACAUAUCAGGAUGAAUUCGCCUUUUGUACGGUCAUUAUUUCGAUCUGUUCAGCAAAGGAACUUCUCAUCUUCAGUGGGAAGACAGGCACAAUGGGGUUUUAUUGGACUCGGUCAAAUGGGAUACAACAUGGCGAGGAAUCUUCAAGCGAAAUUACCUGCUACCGAUACGAUAAGAGUUUAUGAUAUCAAUGCCGAAGCUGUCGAGAGAUUUGCGAAAGAUACAAAAGCUCUUGGGACUGGAGCCACUGUUGAGGCUGCAAGCAAUGUUAGGGAAGCUGCUGAGAAUUCUGAAACUACCAUUACCGUCUUACCAGAACCAGCACAUGUAAAGAAUGUGUAUAGUCAAAUACUAAAACCUCCACUAUCUACAGCGGUAGUCGCCAAUCCUCAUCGUCUCUUCAUCGAUUGUUCCACAAUUGAUCCCACAUCUUCCAGAGAGGUUGCCAGGGCAGUUCAUACUACUCAACAAGGCCGAUUUGUUGAUGCACCAAUGUCCGGAGGUGUUGUUGGCGCCACUGCAGGAACUUUGACCUUCAUGCUUGGCGCUCCCGAUGAUCUAGUGGAUCGAGUAAGCCCAGUCCUGACCAUGAUGGGCAAGAGGGUGCUACAUUGUGGAGCUCAAGGUGCAGGUCUUUCUGGAAAGCUCGCCAACAACUAUCUCCUUGCUAUCAACAACAUCGCAACCGCCGAAGCCAUGAAUCUAGGAAUAAUGUGGGGUCUCAAUCCACAAGUCCUAGGUAAUUUGAUCAAUAGCAGCACUGGCAAAUGUUGGCCAAGUGAACUCAAUAAUCCAGUCAAAGGUAUAGUACCUGGUGCACCAGCCGAACGAGAUUACAGUGGAGGAUUUGGCAUAAGUCUUAUGAAGAAAGACCUAGGACUUGCAUUGAAGGCAGCCGAAGAAGUCAAGGCCAAGCUUGAGCUUGGUAAUAGAGCUCGAGAGGUUUAUGAAGCUGUGGAGCAACAGGAGAAUUGUAAGGGCAAGGACUUUUCUGUUGUAUACAAAUAUAUUAGUGGUUCGAAUUAG